UGCGAAGAGCAAAGUGUCAAAAGAGCAACUGACCACACCACACUUCAUUACAGGAGGCGAGAUCAUAGCGGAACUCAAGUGCGAUGCAAACUUUCCAUGCACUUCGAUGCGUCACGACGAACUUUGGAGCUCUUUUAACUCGUGCGUAAAAGUUUUUGGGAAUGCACUUGUCUGAGCCAUACCACCAAGCACAGGCGUUCCAAAGCAGAGAAAAUGCACCCAGAUAGGCGUCUGACCGGGUCUUCACUGUUCCCCGCGGCCGCUGGAUCGGAUCGAAGUGCGGGCAGAAAAGUGGCGCGUCACGGAGCGUCAGGGAUGGAGCACCGCGCGAGUUUGUGCAGGCGCCCCGAGAGUUUGGGGGACAGAUGCGGUCAACAGGAGGAAGAGGAGCCGCAAGUUCACCUAGAGGCCGGGGACUUGUGGAGGCAGUUUCACAAAUGUGGGACAGAAAUGGUCAUCACAAAAUCUGGAAGACGCAUGUUCCCCCCACUCAGACUGCGAUGCUCAGGUCUGGAACCUAAAUCCAAGUACAUGGUUCUGUUGGACAUAGUGGCAGCAGACGAGAGCCGCUACAAGUUCCACCAAGGCCGCUGGACUGUGGCGGGGCAGGCCGACCCCGAGCUGCCCAAACGCAUGUACAUCCACCCGGACAGUCCCUCAACCGGACAGCAGUGGAUGAACAAAGUCAUCAACUUUCACAAAGUCAAACUCACCAACAACAUCUCCGACAAGCACGGAUUUACCAUACUGAACUCCAUGCACAAGUACCAGCCCAGAUUCCACAUCGUGAAGGCCAAUGACGUCCUGAAGCUCCCGUACAGCACCUUUAGGACCUACGUGUUCACAGAGACACAGUUCAUCGCAGUCACCGCCUACCAGAAUGACAAGAUAACGCAGCUGAAAAUAGACAAUAAUCCAUUUGCAAAGGGAUUCCGAGACACAGGAAACGGGAGACGAGAAAAGAGGAAACUGCCACAUGUCUCAGAGCAGUGCAAAGAGCUGAGGGCGAGCGACAGCCAGGAUCCAAGGACCCUACUGCACUCUGAUAACUCCAAGUCAUCAGAUGGCCAUGAAAGUGACAGUGACAACAUGGAGGAAACGCCCCAAACCCGACCGGAGUGGAAGGAUUUGACUGCACGAUCAUCUUCAGUUUGUCCACAGAAACAAAGUAUCACAAACGAUUCUCAAACAGCUGGACUUCCACGCUGCGUGUACCCAGCACCAGACACCCACAGGCACACCCAGGACCAGGGCGGCUGUGGACCUCAGCUGGGGGGCCCAUGGGUGGGGUGUCGGGCUUUGGAUAUGCACUGUGCAUUAGGGACACUAGGAGGCUAUCCCAUUCCCAUCAGCCUACAGCAGCAUAUGUUUGUACAGGACCUGUUGAACUUGUCCCACUUCGGCAGCUUCGUGUUUUACCCUUACCCCGGCCUGUGCACUGCCCCCGCUCACUACCUCCUCCCUCCCCCCAGACCCACGGCGGAUUUAAAAUACGAUCAGAGCAUUCACGGCUGGGACUUCUGCUCACCUCUACAGCCCAUGUCUCCAUCAGGGUCUUCUGUAACUUCUGCCGCCUGCGACACGGCUGAUGGUGUCUUCAAAUACUUGUCAACAGAUCCGUUAAUGCCCCAUGCCUGUAAAACACAAGGGAGAGAGACAGAAGAGAAAGAUACACAGAUGGACUGUGGACAAAAGAAUGUACACGAUGGUUAAAUCUAUGGGAAUUGUAAUUUAUUACUAACGGGAAUGAAACUUAAAGUGCAUAUGACAGAGAUUACUAAUUUCACCAAACCAUAGUUACAUCAUUAUAUUUAAGAUUUUACAAAAAAAAUAAAAUAAAAUAAAAAAAUCUUAAAUAUAAAAUGUUUUUUCAUUUAAAAAAUAAAUAAAAUAAAAUCAAUUUGCUAUAUAAUUUUACUUUCUGGUUGGACACAGAUAGCAAAUAUGACAUACGUAGAGGUAAUUUCGCAACUUUUACUUGGCAACCAUAAUGUUAACAAAACCCAAAAUAUGUCUAAAUUGCAUGAUAGUUAUGUGUUUACUAAUAAAAUUAAAUGACAAUCAAUGACAACCUUUAAAUCAAUAUUUAAUGUGUCAGGAAAAUGGGUUCCUUGUGCGUAAAUUUUCGGUGAUGAUGACAUAGUUAGAUUCCGUUUUAGGUCAGAGCUACUUCCUGUAUUUUCUGUUCUUUUUCCCCCACAAACUCUUGUAAAACUAUGAUGAAUAUUUACCACAAGUACUAUCCACUCCACAUCAGAAUUAGAAAAACAUAAAAACCUGUCAUAUGCACUUUAAACUGUACCUGCAUGAGAUGUGUCAAAACUUCUUCAACUUGAUAGCACUUUUGAGGAAAAAAAAAAAAUCCACAUCACAUUACUGUAUGACAAAUAAAUAUAUAAAAUGGUUAAUUGGUUAGUGAAUACAAUUAAAAUGCCC